GUGUCGGUGAGCCUGCUGUCUCUGGUGGUGACCACCUGUGGCCUAGCCCUUUUUGGUGUCUCACUUUUCGUCUUGUGGAAGCUGUGCUGGGUGCCAUGGCGCGAUCGUGGCCUCCCCGACGGCCUGAAGGAUGGCCAGGGAGACCAGCAGCCAGUCCUGAUGGAGGUGGAUGGGGCGGAGAAUGAGUACAGUGAGGACUGUGUCAAGGAGCCCUCAGGCCUGUUAGUCCCAGAGGCAAUCAUGAAGAUCAGCCACACAUCCCCAGACAUCCCCCUGGAGGCCCAGGCCAAGGCCAAGGAGAACCAUGUCCGCCACAUCACCCGCGUGCAGCGCCAGAUCACUGAGCCCACCUCCUCUGUCCGGUCAGUCCCACAACACAGAAAAAAUAACAAGUCAAUUCAACUAACCAUGUUGCAUUGUGUCUAUAGCUAAUGAUAACUGGUUUCUCUACCCUCUGUAGGCACAACUCCAUCCGCCGCCAGAUGAACCUGUCCAACCCAGACUUCAACAUGGGCCAGUUCCAGAGACAGGAGUCCCUGGCCACUCUGGGCCGGAUCAAACCCGAGCUCUACAAGCAACACUCUGUGGACACGGACGACGGCAGGAGGGAUGACAGCUGCGGCCGGAUACAUUUCAUCCUCAAGUUCGACUGUGACCUGGAGCAGCUCAUCAUCAAGAUCCACAAGGCCCAGGAUCUACCGGCCAAGGAUUUCUCAGGGACCUCUGACCCUUACGUCAAGAUCUACCUGCUCCCCGACCGCAAGACCAAGCACCAGACCAAGGUGCACCGCAAGACCCUCAACCCCGUGUUCGAUGAGGUCUUCCUGUUCCCCGUGGCCUACACUGAGCUGCCCACACGCAAACUGCACUUCAGCGUCUACGACUUUGACCGCUUCUCCCGUCACGACAUCAUUGGCCAGGUGGUGGUGGAUAACUUCCUGGACCUUGCAGACUUCCCCAGAGAGACUAAACUCUGUAGGGACAUUCAAUACGUCACCUCGGUGAGCUAACCUCUAUAUUUGUCUCACUACAGUAUCGUAAUAUCUGCUUGAGUACAUGGACACGCAAUAAUAAAUGCACCAUUGUGACUUCAAAUGAGGUAGUGAAUAAGGGGACAUUAUCUGAGAGAGUUUAGUUGGAAGUCACUUCAGUUCUGGUCCCUGAUCAUUCAACUAUGUCAGUUUAGGAGUGGAACUGGAGAGGGUUAAACACUUAGAAUCAUAUCUGAACCAGCUCCGCCCUCCCCUCAGGGCUAUCAAAAACUGUCCAAACAAUAAUAAAUGUGUAAAGACCAUGUAACAACAAGGCAGGGAGGAAAAUACCAAAGUGUAAGUAUGUCUGUCCCCGCAGAACCACCCACGCUGGUUUAAAAAAAGAACACUAAAAUAAAAAUAUACUUAGAUGGGAUGAAUAAUACAUGAUCACAUCAGGAAACACAUGGGGUAGUGACCUAAAUCUGAGUUGGCAGUAAAGAGGCUGCUUUGACAUGAGGACACAAAGCUGGAGCUCUCUAUAUUAUCCACAUUUUCUACAUUAUCCAAAUUUUCUACAUUAUCCACAUGGAUCACAUGAAUCACUGUGGAGAGGUGUGACAUACUGAAGGUUUCACCUGUCCGAUUGAAUCUCACUGGACUCUCACUGAUGUCAGAAAGGCUCUGAAGUCUCAAUUGGUCAAUGUGCGGUCUCAAUAUGAGUCAGUCUUAUUGGAGUCUCACUGUAGAAAUAAGGACUAUGGUGUCAUUGAACGAUUGUAGGUUGUCUGCAGUCUCAAUGGAGAACUGUAGUCUCAGUGAUGUCUCAAUGAUAUAUCUACAGUGAGGGAAAAAAGUAUUUGAUCCCCUGCUGAUUUUGUACGUUUGCCCACUGACAAAGACAUGAUCAGUCUAUUAUUUUAAUGGUAGGUUUAUUUGAACAGUGAGAGACAGAAUAACAACAACAAAAUCCAGAAAAACGCAUGUCAAAAAUGUAAUAAAUUUAUUUGCAUUUUAAUGAGGGAAAUAAGUAUUUGACCCCCUUUCAAUCAGAAAGAUUUCUGGCUCCCAGGUGUCUUUUAUACAGGUAACGAGCUGAGAUUAGGAGCGCACACUUAAAGGGAGUGCUCCUAAUCUCAGUUUGUUACCUGUAUAAAAUAUACCUGUCCACAGAAGCAAUCAAUCAAUCAGAUUCCAAACUCUCCACCAUGGCCAAGACCAAAGAGCUCUCCAAGGAUGUCAGGGACAAGAUUGUAGACCUACACAAGGCUGGAAUGGGCUACAAGACCAUCGCCAAGCAGCUUGGUGAGAAGGUGACAACAGUUGGUGUGAUUAUUCACAAAUGGAAGAAACACAAAAUAACUGUCAAUCUCCCUCGGCCUGGGGCUCCAUGCAAGAUCUCACCUCGUGGAGUUGCAAUGAUCAUGAGAACGGUGAGGAAUCAGCCCAGAACUAUACAGGAGGAUCUUGUCAAUGAUCUCAAGGCAGCUGGGACCAUAGUCACCAAGAAAACAAUUGGUAACACACUACGCCGUGAAGGACUGAAAUCCUGCAGCGCCCGCAAGGUCCCCCUGCUCAAGAAAACACAUAUACAGGCCCGUCUGAAGUUUGCCAAUGAACAUCUGAAUGAUUCAGAGGAGAACUGGGUGAAAGUGUUGUGGUCAGAUGAGACCAAAAUAGAGCUCUUUGGCAUCAACUCAACUCGCCGUGUUUGGAGGAGGAGGAAUGCUGCCUAUGACCCCAAGAACACCAUCCCCACCGUCAAACAUGGAGGUGGAAACAUUAUGCUUUGGGGGUGUUUUUCUGCUAAGGGGACAGGACAACUUCACCGCAUCAAAGGGACGAUGGACCAUGUACCGUCAAAUCUUGGGUGAGAACCUCCUUCCCUCAGCCAGGGCAUUGAAAAUGGGUCGUGGAUUGGUAUUCCAGCAUGACAAUGACCCAAAACACACGGCCAAUGCAACAAAGGAGUGGCUCAAGAAGAGCACAUUAAGGUCCUGGAGUGGCCUAGCCAGUCUCCAGACCUUAAUCCCAUAGAAAAUCUGUGGAGGGAGCUGAAGGUUUGAGUUGCCAAACGUCAGACUCGAAACCUUAAUGACUUGGAGAAGAUCUGCAAAGAGGAGUGGGACAAAAUCCCUCCUGAGAUGUGUGCAAACCUGGUGGCCAACUACAAGAAACGUCUGACCACUGUGAUUGCCAACAAGGGUUUUGCCACCAAGUAUUAAGUCAUGUUUUGCAGAGGGGUCAAAUACUCAUUUCCCUCAUUAAAAUGCAAAUCAAUUUAUAACAUUCUUGACAUGCAUUUUUCUGGAUUUUGUUGUUGUUAUUCUGUCUCUCACUGUUCAAAUAAACCUACCAUUAAAAUAAUAGACUGAUCAUGUCUUUGUCAGUGGGCAAACGUACAAAAUCAGCAGGGGAUCAAAUACUUUUUCCCUCACUGUAUAUACUGUCUCCCUUGAGGGCCAUGUUCUUUUUUUACAAGUGUUCAUUUUCACUUCCCAUGGACAUGGGAAGCCAGGAGAAGUGAUUUACCACCCGUGUAGGGUUUGAGUUAAUCAAAAGUGUUUGAUUAGGCUUAGACAAUGAAUAAGUCUACUUUGUGUCAUGAGAUCUACUCUGGGCAAGUUGCACAUUAAAUAGAUCUAUAUUUAGUACCCAUAGAGCAAAAAAAGCUGUGCAGCUUCACGUUUCUGGACUAUUUGUUAAGGAUUGCUAAAUGGUAUAAUGUGAGAGAAGGGGUUUAGAACUGGCCGCAAUGUAAGAUUGAAAACCAUCAAUCCAUUAACAGCUAGUAACUGCAAAAUAGACUCAAAUACCUAAAGAGCAGAUCUUUUCACAGCUUCAUUCAGGAGGCCAGAUUUAUAAUGUCGACUCUCAGAGGCUGUCAAACUCUCAGUCCUAGAUUUACCUGUGUGACAUGGGUGAGCUAACUGGGGAGUUACAAAGUCUCAGGGGAUGCAACCCGGAGCAUCUAGGAAGUACAAGCAAACACACGCAAAUGCACACUCACAAAAACACGCACACACACAGCCACUCUCCAGCCCAGAACUGGGCCAGCCCUCCUGGGACCCAGAGCAUGGGACACCAUGCAGCAUGGGCUAAGUUGGGUUUCAAACAUCCCAUAUGUAACAUACAAACUGUAAAAUGGCAUCAAAUCUGAUAUUAAAGUGCUACAUCUCCAUAAAUGAACUCUAGGACCACAUGAAGAGUAACGGGGUCAAGAAAAUGUAACCCACCACUUGCUUCUUCGAUAACAUCAAUUACAAGUAAUGUAGCAUGUUUAUGACAUGUUUUUAACAUACCUCUACAAUACCUGACACCUUCCAGGGACAGAGAGCUAUACAAAUACCCAUACAAGUGGCCAGCUCUAAAUAUUUUUCCUGAUCUCUACAAGCCUCCACAAGCAGGUCUCAAAUCCAUCUUCAUGAGGGUUGAAUUAAACUGUUAUACAACAGAUCAGAAUCACUAGCGGUUUUGGCCAGCAGCAUACCACCCUGCAUCCCACUGCUGGCUUGCCACUGAAGCUAAGCAGGGUUGGUCCUGGUUGGUCUCUGGAAGGGAGACCAAAUCCUGCUGGAAGUGGUGUUGGAAGGCCAGUAGGAAUCAUUCUUUCCUCUGAUCUAAAAAAAAAGAUCCCAAUGCCCCAGGGCAGUGAUUGGGGACAGUAGCCUGUGCCGUUUUUUCGGAUAGGAAGUUAAACGGGUGUCCUGGCUCUCUGUGGUCACUAAAGAUCCCAUGACACUUAUUGUAAGAGUAGGGGUGUUAACCCCGGUGUCCUGGCUAAAUUCCCAAUCUGGCCCUCAUACCAUCAUGGCCACCUAGUCAUCCUCAUCUUCCAAUUGGCUCAUUCCUCUCCCCUAUAACUUACCUGGUAAAAUAAGGGUCAAAUAAAAUAUCCUGUCAGGGAGAUAAAGGACCUGUAUGGAUGGAUGACCUGUUACUGUGGUAUACUUUCUUUAAUUAGACACAGCUUAACUAAUCUAUUCUAGAACUCAAUAGAAGACCAAUAGCCUCUUCAGGUUCACAUUAAUUGUCAGGCUGUUAUAACAAAGAUUUCAAAGAGCACUGUAAUCUGUGUCCCUGCAACGCCAGUCAAUAGUAUUGAUGUUAGCCAACUUGGGCGACAGGUAGCUUAGCGGUUAAGAACAUUGGGCCAGUAACUGAAAGGUUGCUGGUUAAAAUCCCUGAGCUGACUAGGUGAAAAAUCUGUCAAUGUGCCCUUGAGCAAGGUACUUAACCCUAAUUCCUCCUGUAAGUUGCUCUGGAUAAGAGCUUCUACUAAAAUGUAAACGUAAAAAAAAUUAUUUGGACUUUGAUUAAUGGGAUGAGUGUGUGGCUUGAUCCAAUUCAGCAGGUUUACUACCUGGCUCCUCAAUAACCACCACCGCAGUAUAAUGAGCACAUCACAUGUCCUUACGUUAUGUCUUAUUGACCUGCAUGGUGGAAACAGACAUGGGCUGAAUAUAAAACUCGUGGAAUGACUGAUGAAGAAAGGAAGAAAGAUAAAAUGGGUUUACAACAAUAUGCCUUAAAUAUAGGCCAACUGCUGAGAGAGGAGCUGUCAAGUUUUGGUUCAAAUGUCCACCUAGUCCAUUGACUCUUGAGAAUAUUUUAUUUAAAGAUGUCAACCGAAUCAUUCCAAAGUCCAUUAUUGCUAACCAGUUAAACAUGAGUACUACAUUUAUGAGUGAUUGAAAUGUGUUAGCUUACCCUGAUUCUGUUCAUUUAGCAGCCCAGUGAAACACAUCUAAAGUGCUGAAUCAUGUCGUUCCACAGUGGGUCACAACUGCUGACUUACUGUCUGCUGAUGUAAUAGGAUGACAUGGCAAGACAUGGUCUUACACGCGCCGGCUAUUGCAAAGCCGUUUUCACCUCCCUCUCUAUUGCCCUCCCACUUUGUCUCCCUCUGUUUCUCUUUACAAAGAUGGUAGUAACACACCCUGUAUGUUAAGAGGCCCUUACAAGAGAGAGAGAGAGAUCCUAGGGGGGAAGGUGCAAGAUGGAUAAUUACACAAGAUAGACUGUCAGUAUUCUCUCUCAGCCAUAUUGGGGGCCUUCAGAGCUCCAGUUUAAUUUAAUUGAAAGAGCACAAGUGACCAUCAUUCCACCACUGACUUGAUUUAAGUGCUUCAAUGAGUGGAGGAGACUGUUAUCCUAUAGUCUGCAGAUGGAAGUGGGUAAUUUGAUUAUUCAGCCUGAGAGGGAUGGGCUGCAUGGUACCACCUCUAAUCUUUUCGCUCGUAUGUGUGGAGGCUGAGCCUGUGUGUGUGUGUGUGUGUGUGUGUGUAGUAGAGGCUGAAAGUGUACUUGUGUGUGUGUAUGCGUGUGUGUGUAUGCGUGAUUUCUACCACUUUACGAUGGAUACCUCCUGCCGCGCCUUCUGAGUGACCAGGUCAGUGUAGCAAAGUGCGGACUGAUGAUGCUGUAGGUUAGAGGUCACUGUGGUGCCUUGCCCUAUGUUGACAGCCUUGAUAAAUCAACUCCUUUGUUUGAUUACAUUUAUAGUGAUUUUGGACACAGGCCAGAGAGCAAUGAUAAAGCCCAAUCUUGUUUUGGAUACAGUAGAUCACAUUAGAUCUGUCAUUUCAAUCAUCCACAUAGAGAACUUAUUGAUGCUUGAAUGGAUGUGCCAAUUCUACAUUUUCCACUAUUACACUCCCAAUCAAUGUCCCAAUCAAUGUCGUUGUCUAAAAAACUAAUAGCCAACAACAACCGCCAAAGUCAUUCCUUGUAGGACAUUAAAUUAAUUAUAAUGCACAAAGAAUAACAGAACAAGUAGCACAUAUUAUUAGUUCAAGUCCUUAGCAACCAUGUCCACUGAUUUCUGUUGGAUAUGAUGUGAGGUGUUUUACAGAGACGCUUUGAAACGGAACAUCAAAGUAAUUAGCUAACUAUCUGAAUUGAGCCAUUUAUAGUAACAAGCAUUUUUAAUAUACAGAACAUUAGAACAAUGUAGCACAUCAGACAGCAUGUGUUGUUAUUCUUAAACUUUGAUAUUAAUUUUGGAGUCUAUUUGGGCUCUAUUCAUACAGAAAUACAUUUUCCAAUUCAGGUUCAUGGUCAUUGUGAGUGAGCAGUGAGCACAAAUGUAGCUGUGAUUGCAUUUCAAUAUGUGGUAAAAUUCAUUAACUUCAUCAUUGAACAUAUCCCCCUAGUAAAACCCAUCCCAUAGAGAACACAGUCACUGUGGGGCCCACAACCCAGGAUAUGAACACGUCAUAAGCCAUGGCAAAAAAAAAUAGAAUUACAGGAGGGGUGGGGGACAACUGCGGUACACCACUGCUAUAUGGGGAACUAAACCCUGUUGCCACUGUUGACAAUGUGCUUGUCAGAGACAUGACAGCCAGGCAGAAAGGUCUGAUAGCCCUGGCAAAAGAGUUCCAGCAGGGUGUGAGCUAGCUAGCUUCUCGGGAAGGCUGUGUCUGUGUGAGACUGGGACUGACCACUGACCAGGCAGGUGACCAAGCCAGACCUGAUAAUGAGCGGUUCUCUGUGGAGAGCUGGACUGACCUUUCCUGCUGAUGCAGAAUAAUGGGGCUUCCCACUGAUUCCAGGGGCCUGCCAAUGGGAACUUUCACACAGGAAGAAUGAUCUGUUAUAACAGGCCCGUACAGCUCAGGGCUGAGGAGCACACACACACACACACACACACACACACGCGCACACACACACACACAAAGACUAAUUCAGAUGUCAGGCUAGUGUCAGCCAAGCCUGGAGAUGCUGCUUAUUUAACUAUGUUGGGUGUCUCCAGCUCCUAUCUCAAGCAGAGAGAUACCUGUAGGGGUAACAGGGUUGUCAGGGUUACAUUACAACGUGAGGUACAUGCCUCAACUGGAGGUGAGACUUGUGGCCUCCAUAUUCCCUGCCGGUAACUAACCUUGUGAGUGAUGCUGUGGUCUAACGAACACAUCACUCUCUCACAGACACGCUAUUUUCAGAGGUGAUAAUUGGAGCGCUGCUCUUCCUGUUCACUGACACACGCAGGGCCGUAGCCAGCAAAAACAAACGAAAAUUACCCCAGCCAUUAUCACAUUGGUUGCUGUAGCUUCAUUCACCUCAGUCAAUCUACAAACACAUAGCCUAUUAGCUAUACAAUUAGCCGCUACACAUUUACUCACAUAAACUCAGCACCGGGAUGAAAAACUAUAAUUUAAUACGUACAGAGGGAUCUGUUAGCAGAAAACAUAUUUUAUGAACAAAAGGUAAACAAAUCCAUUGGUUUUACAGAACUGUUAUUGUUUUUGUUGCACUUUUACAGCUAAUUUCCUCAAAUUCUACACAUUCUGACAUGGGGUAGGGAGAAAUGUUUGCAGUUUUAAAAUCUAAUUUUCUGAAAUUCUACACAUUUUGCCAUGACUUAUUCCAUGUUAAUAUGAUAUCUGAGUGAGAGUAACUAAUAAAAUCAAUGAGAGCCCCCUGGAGGUCAGGGCCCCUGGGCACGUGCUCUGCGUGCCCGGUCGGUAAUUCAGCAAGUUUAGAUAGCUGGCUAGACUAAGUAGACUGACUGACAUGGUUUAAUUGAGUGAUUGUCAGUGAGUGACAUAUAACAAGAGGAAAACUGCUGAUGCACAACCAAGCUUCGAAAUUGCACCUUGUGUAUUCUAUUAUUCUAACUCUCAACAAUAAUUUGAGACCCCGACUGCUCACACAGUUCACUGUGAACCAGCGGAAUCUCUAAACAGCGAAGCCAGAGCUAUAUGGUGACAUCAUGAGACAUUCAGUUACAAAACAUUUCACUGAAGUUUUCAUUGCUUUGUAGGACAAUGUGGACUUGGGGGAUCUCAUGUUCUCCCUGUGUUACCUACCAACGGCUGGAAGGCUGACCAUCACAAUGAUCAAGGCUAGGAACCUCAAAGCCAUGGACAUCACUGGAGCCUCAGGUAGGGGGUCCUUAAUGUGGGGACUGGGGUACAAAUGUCAUGUGGAUUCUGCUUAGUCAACACUGGAUGGAUAAAUGAUAUGACAGAGUAGUAUAUCAAAUGGAAUAGUCAUUUCUGUUUCCCAGUCUUUUAAUAAUAUGGCCCAAUGAGCAGAAGCCAUGACAAAACAUAUCAAUGAGGAGGCCAUGUGUGCAUCCCAAAUGGCACUCUAUUCCCUAUUUAGUGCACUACUUUUGACCAGCGGCCUAUGUGGAUGCAUCCCAUGUGUUACUCCGUGGGUUUACCCUUUCCGCCACUGUGUCCCAACUCUCUCUAGAUCCCUAUGUGAAGGUGUCUUUAAUGUGUGAGGGACGGAGAUUGAAGAAGAGGAAAACAUCCACAAAGAGAAACACUCUGAAUCCAGUCUACAACGAAGCCAUAGUAUUUGAUGUCCCUCCUGAGAACAUUGAUCAGAUCAAUCUCCUAAUAGCAGUGAUGGACUACGAUCGGUGAAUACAUUUUAUUUUGCGAAGCUUUUAUGAACUGAACUUCCUAUCAUUAUGACAGCAGUUUAUGUUUUUUAUUCUGCAAAUAGCCUACAAGUUUGUGGUGACUAUGAUGCACUGAAAAGGACUCAGAAACCACGCUUUUGGGUAGACAGUAUCUUUGCUGUAUACAAACACAUAGCUGAGACUCCCUAAGUGUAACAUGUUUUAGUUGAUAAUUGGCCUGGAAAGCAGCUGGCAUUCUGUUAGCCCAACUCAAGAGAGGAGGAAACAACAUUACAAAACUAAAAUGCUGACGAACAAGCACAGAGUACAGAGUACACACUAUAUUCCUCCUGAUGCUGUUCAGAGUAAAUAUUUGAGGAGUUAAAUGUAAUCUGCCGAACAUCACUAUAAUUAUUACACCAAAGAACAUGAUGUUGGACAGAAAAUGCACUAGGAUACGUGCAACUACAGGCCUUUUAAAUCUGUAAGACAAGCUAACUACCUAUUUAAGUGAAAACGUGUAGAGGUGCACAAAUCAACGUGGUUUUAAAUCAAAAACAUGAAUGGGAGGGCAUAUAUGGCAACAAAAGGUUUUAAAGUGACCGUAUAUGUGUGCCCCCCUCUCACAGUGUAGGUCACAACGAAGUCAUUGGAGUGUGUAGGGUGGGCAAUGAGGCGGAGAGCCUGGGCCGAGACCACUGGAACGAGAUGCUGUCGUACCCCCGCAAGCCCAUCGCCCACUGGCACACCCUGGUAGAGGUGUGUGUGUGUGUGUGUGUGUAUGUGUGUGUGUAUGUGUGCCAAUCCAUCCAUCCAUUCAUCCAUCCGUCUGUCCGUCCCUCCGUCUUUCUAUGUGAGUCAACACGUAAAGUGAUGAAAGAAGAAAGCCUAUCAAAGCUUUAUCCUUGACAUCAUGACCACACAUCUCAAGUGUAAGUAGACAGCAAGGUGUAGGUAAACAACAAACGGUAGAGCUCUCCUUCUCUAGCUUGUAUAGGGACAAUAAAACACAAGCAUGAUUGCAUAAAACAAAUGUAUACUUGUCUUGUUUUUGUGCCAUCAUCAGAACAAUCCAUUCUUGUAGUGGGAGAGGAGGAGAGAAGGCGGCUUCAUUGCUAUUUAAAAACACUACUCCUCCACCCUCAUUAAUGGAGACCAGAAAUAGAUGUAUUCAUAUUCAUCUGAGAGGUUAAAAGCAGAAAUUGGAACAGUAAUGUUGCCUACACAGUGAUAUAACUGAUGUGCUUGUCACUGGCUAUCAUUGUAGCUUCAUAGUCAGAAGCCCUGGGGUGUAUUCACUAGGAACCAAACAGAGCCAACCAAAGGCAAACAGAAGCAAAUGGAAUGAUAUGGGGAGGGACCUUCCUGAAUUUGUCCAAUAUAAACUUUUUUGGAGUAAACGGUUUCCGUUGCAAAAUGUUUUGAAACUGUUUGCCACGGUCUUUGUCUAAUGAAUACAACCCUGUUCCUCCUAUUAAGCUGAAGAAGACAUAGCAGAGGGCUCAAGCUCGGGAUAAUGUCUUAUUUGUGUUACUUCAAGAAUGGAAAGAUGCUCUUUGAGCACACACACACACACACUAGGACAAAUAUAAGCACCCACCUAAUUAUUAUUAUUAUUACGGCCACACACACACACUUGACUUUUCAUUAUUUUCGCUUGCUUUUCAUGCAUUGGUGUUUUGAAAUCUUAGUGCAAGACUCGCUGACCCCCAAGGCUACAGACAGUUCUCAUCAAUAAUUCACAUCUCAGGCCACUUGAGCCAAGGUUGUGCUCCCUCUACACACAGAGCCGCUAAACCAGCCAUUUAAACUGUGCUUACAUCUCUCUCUCGCUCUCUCUCUUCCCCUGGGCUGCUUUUUUAGGCUGUUAAAUGCCAGCUAGGAGGAAAAUAAAAAAGGGCAAAAAUGAAUUUUUUUUGCUAUUUGCUACACUAACUGAUUUUGUGUUUCUCUGAAAGAAGGACAAUUUAUUUAGAGUACGUUUUUUACUAAACGGAGGAGGAAUUUCGGAGACACGGCGCGGUGACAAUUGAUUUUCGGACAGAGGCACGACAGAACCCACAGGGGGUCUACACACACACCGAGGCCAUUUGUUUUGUAAAAGGAAUUAAAACUUCAGAGUGCAUGAUGUGACUUCAGUCUCACAGUCUCUAUUUGCCAAAAUUAGAUUUCACCUCCGACUCGUUCCCUCUUUGUGCAAUUCAACUGUCAAAUUGUAUUCCCAUACCUCAUAUAACCGGGCUAUGUUCAUCUCUCUAACUGUGUUUUCUCUCUGUGUGUUCUCUAGUGGGUGGGUCAGGGGACUGCAGGUGGAAGCCAGGGCGGUUCCACCAACUCUCUGAAGACUCCUCCCUCACCAUGAGGAGAACACAGGGUGGUGAAGGAGAGGAACAGCAGAGAGCCCCAGCAUCAAGAGAGGAGGAGAGAGACGUAUGCUAGUAAUGGUAGAUGUUACACUUGGUUUCUCCGACAUAGAUUAAGCUUAAUAAUAAUAAUAAUAAUAAU